GUUUUUGUCUAUGAUACCAUAACCAUGGCGGGUUACGUAGGAGAUGAUGAUUUUUCUAAAGAAAAUAUACAAAAAUUUAAUAAUGAAAGACGAAGUAGUAAGCAAUGGGUAAAAUUAAAUGUUGGAGGAACUUAUUUCUUAUCAACUAAAACUACACUUUGUAGGGACCCAAAUUCAUUUCUUUAUCGAUUAGUUCAAGAGGACAGUGACUUAAUUUCAGACAGGGAUGAAACAGGCGCUUAUUUAAUAGAUAGAGAUCCUACGUACUUUUCACCAGUGCUCAAUUAUCUUCGUCAUGGUAAACUUGUAAUUAAUAAUGAUAUAGCAGAAGAGGGUGUAUUAGAAGAAGCAGAGUUUUAUAAUAUUACAGAGCUUAUAAGGUUAGUUAAAGAAAGAAUAUGUUUAAGGGAAAGAAGGCCACUUAAAGAUUCUAAAAAGCAUGUUUAUAGAGUUUUACAAUUUCACGAAGAAGAACUUACACAGAUGGUGUCCAAUAUGUCUGAUGGUUGGAAAUUUGAGCAACUGAUAAAUAUUGGUUCUCAAUAUAAUUACGGCACGGAGGAGCAUGCAGAAUUUCUAUGUGUCGUAAGUAGAGAAUGUGGCAGCUCUUUAAACAGUAAUGACAUAGAACCCACCGACCGUGCUAAGGUAUUGCAACAGAAAGGGUCGAGAAUGUGAAUAUACCUCAAAUUUUACAGCUGAUGAUUUAAGACAUUGUGUGGAAUGUGUAUAUACAUCAUGUAGUGUGAAGAUUGUUGUUCAGUUUUGUGAUUUCAAGUUAAAUGUAAUUAUUAAACAAGUUUUAAAAUUAGUCCUGUUAGGCCAAUGAAAUGGCAGUUGAUAUUUUGAUUUCUUGUUUAUCUGGAAUUUGUUUGUGAAUACUCAAAUUUUGAAUAGGAAAGUGCUAGUUUUCAUUUUUAUGUGUAUUUGAAACCUCAAUGGAGGAUAAGAAGAACCUUUUGUAAUAGUGACAAAUACAAAUUUAAA